UCUCACCAUCAGUUUGUUUGGCAACAACCCUGUUGUUACCGCUUGUAUGACCACUGCUGAUAACUCCGUAUCGAUUUGUCUUUUAGGAAAACAAACAUCUCUCCAUUUAUAAGUGAGCGAGAACUUGACAUUGGUCCCUUUCUCUUUUUGACAACGCACCGGGAUCAACACGAUGGCCGGAUUCCGCAGUUGUCCCUUAAUCCCGUGGCUGGCCUUGGCCGCCGUGCUGGGCUCGGUGCUCGGGCUUGGCGAGGACCUCGACCGGCCUCUGUUCGGACCCCCCGGCUCCCCUGUCCAGCUACAUGAAUCCGACCCAGGACUGAAGAAGGCCCUGGCCUUCGCCGAGGAGCGCUACAACCGGGGCUCCAACGCCAUGCACCUCCGCAAAGUCAGCAGGCUUCUCUCUGCCACCAAACAGCUGGUGAAGGGUAUCCGCUACACCAUAACAGUGGAACUAAGUAACACUCAGUGUAAGAAAUCCACCAUGCUAAGGACAUGUGAUUUCUAUCCAGAGUCACAGAAACUCAAGACUGAGGUGUGUGUGUUUGAAGUGUGGGACAUCCCCUGGCAGGGCACUUCAACUCUGCUCAAACAGAAGUGCCAGCCUAAAGGUGAACCUCAACUAGAAGAAACCAACAAAGUGACAGAUGCGUCAACCAGCCAGCCUCUGGAGGAGUCAAUGGAGUUGUUGGGCCAGUUCAAAGAGUUUAUGGUGAAAUACAAUAAGGUCUACAGCAGCCAGGAAGAGGCAGACCGCCGUUUGCUCAUCUUCCAUGAGAAUCUGAAGACUGCUGAGAAGCUCCAGUCACUGGAUCAAGGCUCAGCUGAAUAUGGAGUCACCAAGUUCAGUGACCUGACUGAGGAAGAGUUUCGUUCUACAUACCUCAACCCAUUGCUGAGUCAAUGGACUCUUCAUCGAGAGAUGAAGCCAGCAUCUCCUGCCCAAGACCCCGCCCCCGCUAGCUGGGAUUGGCGGGAUCACGGAGCUGUCAGUCCCGUUAAGAACCAGGGUAUGUGUGGAUCCUGCUGGGCUUUUUCUGUCACAGGCAACAUUGAAGGCCAGUGGUUCCUAAAAAAUGGUUCGUUGCUGUCCCUGUCGGAACAAGAGCUGGUUGACUGUGAUGGGCUGGACCAGGCGUGCAGGGGAGGGCUACCGUCAAAUGCUUAUGAAGCUAUUGAGAAGCUGGGUGGUCUUGAGUCAGAGGCUGAUUACUCCUACAGCGGGCACAAGCAGAGGUGCGACUUCACCAGUGGGAAGGUGGCUGCCUACAUCAACAGCUCUGUGGAGCUGUCCAAAGAUGAGAAGGAAAUUGCAGCUUGGCUGGCUGAAAAUGGUCCAAUCUCUGUUGCUCUGAAUGCUUUCGCCAUGCAGUUCUACAGGAAGGGUGUAUCUCACCCUUUGAAGAUCUUCUGCAACCCCUGGAUGAUCGACCAUGCUGUGCUGAUGGUGGGAUACGGAGAACGUAAAGGUAUCCCAUUCUGGGCUAUCAAAAACAGCUGGGGAGAGGAUUAUGGAGAACAGGGUUACUACUACCUUUACAGGGGGUCUAAUGCCUGUGGGAUCAACAAGAUGUGCUCAUCUGCUGUAGUCAACUAAACCACAAAUGACAUAUGUUCACACACACACGCACGCACACACACACACACACACACACACACACGCACGCAAACACACACACACACACACACACACACACACACACACACACACACACACACACAUUUGAGCCAGGCUGCAUGAUGAUCACUAUAAGACAUAAAUAAAGUCCUACUGAUGUUGCUUUUCCGUUAAACCAGUCUAGUGUUCAAUCUUCAUACCUCACGCCAUCAUUUCAAUUUUCUCAAAACAUACCAGCUCUGAUAAAGCUUGUGUUGCACAGAAUUUUAUAGUAAUUAGUAGAUUUUAUGUGCUCUUUUCUUUCCAUUAGAUAUGCAGGUCAUGAUGAUUGCUGUGUUUUAGGCAGUAUUGGUUUUAACUCAUCCUUUUUCCCAGUAACAGCUCAUGUUCAAUGAAGAAUAUGCACUAAUUGCAGUCAGACUUGUGUCUUGUCAGCUCACUUGGAUGUUCCUUUUACCAGUGCUCGUGCUAAUGCUAUGUAGUAUUUGAGUGUUUUUGUUUUGUUUUGUUUGUUUUUUUAAUGUCAGGGGUUUUACCUGACAUUAGUCUGCACAUUACUACUUAACUGCAAGUAAAUUGUCAAAACUGUCAGAAAUGAAUGAAAGAAGGUGGAAUAAAAAUGUGUGGAAUCCUA